UGGAGCUCAUGGUCAGCAUAGGACAGGCUCUUAUAAAAGCAAGUGUCCCACAUGUCAGAAGCUCACGCACGUGAUUCACAGCCCAGACAAAGCCAUGUUGUUGUUCAUCACUUGUUUUGCACUUGUUGCCUCUGCACUGGGAUGUGGGAGGCCUUCAAUCACUCCCCAAGUCAGCGGCUUCAACAAGAUUGUAAAUGGAGAGAAUGCUGUGCCUGGGUCCUGGCCGUGGCAGGUCUCACUUCAGGAUGGCAGGGGAUUCCACUUCUGCGGCGGAUCUCUGAUUAACCAGCAAUGGGUCGUUACCGCAGCUCAUUGCCGUGUGUCUCCCAGAAGCCACCGCGUGAUCCUGGGUGAGCACGAUCGUCAAUCCAACCAAGAGCAACUUCAAGUCAAGACCAUCAGCAGGGCCAUCUCGCAUCCCUACUACAACUCACAGAACUUCAACAACGACAUCACCCUUCUGAAGCUGUCCUCUCCAGUUCAGAUAACCAGGACCGUGGCUCCUGUGUGCCUGGCCAGCUCCAGCACCAGCAUCCCCACCGGAACCAGAUGUGUCACCACUGGAUGGGGCAGGACCGGACAAACUUCAAGCCCCCGUUACCUGCAGCAGACCUCCUUGCCUAUGCUCAGCCCGACUCAGUGCAAGCAGUACUGGGGUUACAACAGAAUCACUGAUGCUAUGAUCUGUGCUGGUGCUUCCGGAGUCUCGUCCUGUCAGGGUGAUUCUGGUGGCCCCCUGGUGUGCAACAACGGUGGAGCUUGGAACCUUGUGGGUAUCGUGUCCUGGGGCACUUCCAACUGCAACGUGCGCACCCCAGCAGUGUACGCCCGUGUGUCCUACCUGCGCAGCUGGAUUGACAGAACCAUUGCCUCCAAUUAAACAAACCAUUCCUGAAAACUGAUGCCUAUAUGCGCCCAUCCACUUGUCAUCUCGGUUGUCAUUUGUGAUCAUUGACAUUUCGAUAUGACUGCAAUGUUAGCAACCACUUCCUUUCCAUCUAAUCUGUGCGUAAAAUAAAGAUUUAAAGUUUCA